AAAUCAGCCAAACAUUAUGUCAGCAUUCAAACCAACAGCCCUUUUAGCUGGUGCCGCGUGUCAGGUCCCGAGGCCUUUGCCCAGGGCAUUCCAACCCCGACUCGACUCAAUCAAUCAGUGAGUGAAUGAAUAGGAAUAGCCCUGGUCGCGCGUCACGUCAGCGUGGAGCCAAGCUUCUGAAACGGAGCAUCUCAGUGGACAUGUAUUUUCUUUUUUGUUUCUUGCAGUGCCUCUUCGCCCGUCUGCGAGCAACACCUUUUUUCUGAUCUCGGUUUUCUGUGACGAUCGGGUUUCCCAUUAAACCCUAGGCAUUUUGCUUCUGUUUGCUCUUCUGCAUCGCGGUGAUACACUAUUAUAUUUUGUGUUGUACAUCUUUUUUUUUGCAACGGGCGAAACAAUCCGAUCUUUGACUUUUUUCUUGUUUCCCCCUGUUCUUUCUUAUCUGGACCCAACUGGGAUAUUUUCAUUCUUUUCCGAUGGAGGCAACAAAGCAUGUCCGGCGUCGCCGGUAUCUCAACUACCCCGACGCAAUUGACAGGACACGAUGGGAGGCUGUUCCAAAAAAGGCCUGGGUGCGCAAGGGGAACAAUCCAGUCCUCAAGGGAUGGAUACUAGCGGUCUGCGCAUUCUUCAUGGAGAACCUGCGCUUCCUGCGCGAGAUGGCCUGGCACAACGCCGGUUUCGGCUCACUCCGCAAUGUGCGCCGCAUCUUUGAGGACUACGAGCCGCUGUUUGAACCCACGGUCGUGCCACUGCCAGACAAGGAGGAGGAGGAAAUGACCAAUGGCAGCGACGUACCAGUCGAAUUUGCACCACAGGAGCCACCCACUUCACCAAAACAAAAAGCCGGCCGAUAUUAUUCCGCCGCAGACUACCGCGCCCUGUUCCUGUCGGGCGAGCUGACACCAACCGAUGUCGCAAACGCCAUCCUGCCUCUGAUUAGGCGCGAUACCACGCCCCCGGGCCGGCACUCGGUGGCUUGGUUCAACGUCAGGGUGGAUUUCGUGCUGCGGGCCGCCGAGGAGUCGACGCGGCGCUACCAAAACAAGCAGUCGCUCGGCCCGCUGGACGGCGUCCCCACGGCCAUCAAGGACGAGUACGAGAUGGAUGGCUACAUGACCACGCACGGCUCGCGCAACGACUACACGGGCAAGGACGUGGAUCCAGAGACGGGGCUCAACACCAACUGGUGCGUGCGCAAGCUGGAGGAGGCGGGGUGCGUGGUCCUGGGCAAGCUGUCGAUGCACGAGUUUGGUCUCGACACCACGGGCAACAACCCCGUCUUUGGCACGCCUCUGAACCCACACAACCAGGGGUACUACACGGGCGGCAGCUCGUCUGGAUGUGGCUAUGCUGUGGCGGCCGGACUGGUGCCGUUCGCCAUGGGCAGCGACGGCGGGGGCAGCAUCCGCAUCCCGUCGUCGCUGUGCGGCAUCGUCGGCCUCAAGCCCACGCACGGCCGCCUGUCAUGCCUCCCGACCCAGAACCACUGCAACACGUGCGCCGUGCUCGGCCCGCUGGCCGCCGACGUCCGCACCCUGGCGACGGCGUAUUCCGUCGUCGGCCAACCCCACCCCACCUCGCUCUUCCCGCCGCUCCCGCCGGCCCCGACCCUGCUGCGCUCUCCGUCGCCGGCCUCCCCGUCGGCCAAGACGCUCGCCGUGCCGACGACGUGGUUCUCGCGCGCCAGCCCGUCGGUCCAGACGCUCUGCCGCAGCCUGAUGCAGCGCCUCGUCGACCAGCGCGGCUACCGCGUCGUGCCGGUCGACCUCCCCAUGCUGACCGAGGGGCAGAUCGCGCACGCCAUCGUGGUGCUGACGGACGCGUCGACCCUCCUCCCCGACACCAAGGGCCUGACGCCCGCGAACCGCAUCCUGCUCGCGCUCGGCCGCACCACCACCGCCGUCGACGUGCUGCUGGCGCACAAGCUCCGCCGCAUGCUGGUGGCGCACCUCGCGCGCCUGUGGCGCGACACCCUGGGCCCCGACGCGCUGAUCCUGACGCCCACCACGGCGUGCGCCGGCUGGCCGGUCAGGGACCCGGCCGCCGAGCUGCGCUACGGGCUCAACGAUGGGGACACGACGCUCGCCAGCAUGGAGUACGUCUGGAUGGCGAAUUUCUGCGGCCUGCCGGCUGUGAGCGUGCCGGCUGGGUUUGUGGUGCCCGAGGGGGCGGUCGGGGCCGGCAGGCCCGUCGCGGACGGGGAGGACGUCGAGGGCAAAGUGCCGGUUGGGCUGAUGGCCAUGGGCGAGUGGGCGAACGAGGAUGGGCUGCUGAGGUUUGCGGUCGAUGCGGAGGAGGUGGGCGAGGGGUUGAAGGCUCGGCCGCCGAUCUGGGAGGACGUGGUCGAGUUGGCGAGGGGUGUCAAGGGGGACGCGGGACGGGAGGUGGUCGUUUAAGGUGGGGGUUAGUGGGGGGUUUUGGAACUACCCCUGUGCGGGUGAGAAUGAUCAUAGAAGAAAUUGACAAGAUUAACAUAUUCUCUUUGGCCGUUGCGAUGCUAAAGAUAACCUCUAAAAGCUUGCUCUAGAAUUCAUCGAGUCUAUACAAAUUUCUUGCGCAAAAAGACAACCCGACCCAGCAAACUCAAGCCUUGUCCGCCGCAGCAAACUUCUUUUCCAACCACGCCGCCAAAUAACCCCCAAGCUCCGUGGGCCUCUCCAUGG